AUGGUCUAUUAUAUUCGUUUUCUCAAAACCCCAAGGGCCCAGAAGCAGAAAGCGGGGUCUUUGUCUAUUUCGGCGCUUAUCUGCAUCACCACGGACUUGGGAGAUGCGUUUCUAGCUCAGGACGUGGACCUACUCGUAUCAUUGACUCUCAAGGAAUCGGAAAAGGUUCUACACCAGGAGCCAUUGAGUUGGAAAGCUGGCAAACGGGAACUUGCUAUAUUAUUGGGGCCUUUCCACCCACAGCUUUCCCAACAUGCCAUUGUUUUAAGUGUCGCUGCAGCUGAUCAUCGAAAGCCCCACCCGCCUUCUCCAGACAAUCUACUAGGUAACCCCGGUGUUCCUCUAGUGAUUUCCGGAUGGAGUGCACCUUUUGGUGGGCCAGAGUCUCUGGUAGCCGAGAAACUCGUCGAAAGACGCUUUGGGCCGAAGGGUCACCUGGACCUUAGAAUAUGGGAAGAAACCGGAAAUAGCAUUGCCCGUCAUAUCUGGGAUGCAGCCAUUGCAUCGGUGAUCUAUCUCCAGCAGUUAGCUGCUGGAGACUCAGCAAUCACAGUACCACUACUUUCAAAACUACUACAACCAGAACGCACUGCGCCUCUUCGUGUCAUCGAAUUAGGAUCAGGAUGCGGCAUUGUCGGGAUAGCAUUAGCGCAAGUACUUCCCCAAUGCUCUGUCCUACUCACAGACCUGCCAGAGGUCGAAGAAAUUAUAACGAAAAACAUAGCAGUCGCCAAACCGACACCAUCCUCCAACCUUGAGUAUCGAACUUUAGACUGGGACGAAGAGCUCCCAGAAGACCUUUGUAACGACUCUAUCGACUUUGUCCUUGUAUCAGACUGUACCUACAAUGCCGACAGUUUGCCUGCCCUAAUUUCGGUCCUGGACCGUCUCGUUCAGUCGUCACCGGAUGCUAUCAUUCUUGUGGCACUGAAAAGACGACAUGAGAGUGAGACCGUUUUCUUUGACUUGAUGGAGUCAUCAGGACUCGCCAGCCUGCAUCAUCACAUGAUGGCUACUCUUGUAACUGCAUAUAUCUACGUCGAAUUUGCGUACAUGCACUUACACAUCGGCCUUCAGUGUUUGGGCGCCUAG